AUGGUAGUGGGCACCAACUGUGACCAACAUCAAAUUCUUGAUUUUACUUGGUGCGCGUGGGACGCUAACGCUCGCAAAGGGUCGCAGGCCAGACAAACUGUAGAUCUUGGGUACGAAAUUCCUAUCUCCCCGGUGCGUAAGAAGGCGGUAAUAUGUCUGCUCUUCGCAUUCAGCAUAGGGCCAAGCCAUUUAGCACCAUGUGUAGAGGCGGGUCUGAAGGAACUGACCGGCCAGCCCGGCGUAUCAAGUGGUGAAAAGGCUGUCCAGGUGUCGACUGCGCUCGCAUAUAUUGUGAGGACUUCACACGAUCUCAGACUUUCGGUCCUGACCUCUGCAAUCAAGCCUGUUCAUGCCCCCCAGUCCUUGAAUGUUCUUAUUAUGUAUCCUCUCCGAGAGUCAUGGGCCAUCAAAGUCCUGAUUCUUACGCCACUCACCUUGCUACUCCUUUCCUUUUUAUGGUUAACGAGCACACGAUACUAUUCGGAUCACCUUGAUGUCGUCCCACACUAUGAGCCUGUCUCCCACGACGAGUUCGUCUCCCAGAAACACCACCACAACGCUUCCUCGACGUCAAAAAAUGCCUUUGCCACUUUCUUGUCAGGGUAUAAUGGAACCGAUUCGGAGAAAUACUUCACCGCCGUGAAGCUCCUCACAUACCAGCUAAUUCACGACCCGCCAACCCGAGCACGAAAUGGUACCCCAUUCAUUGUCUUGGUGACCAAGGACGUCGAGCAGGAAAGACAGGACAUCCUCCGACACGGCGGUGCGACGGUCAUCUCAGUUGACGACGUGGAGCGAGACUGGUUUCAACCCACGACGUCUCGGUGGGAAGGGGUUAUGGCCAAGCUAAACCUCUGGUCGUUGACUGACUACGAGAAAGUUGUCUUUGUCGAUGCCGACACAGUGAUACUGAAACCUAUGGAUGAAAUUUUCUCGAUACCAGCCACCGAUAUAAGAGACUCGCUCCCUGCUCCACCCGAAGCCAUCGAUCCAUUAGCCAGCAUGUCUGUUACACCACCACAAAAAUACAUGAUGGCCGGUAUUCACGACAUUUGGAUCGAAGCGAACAAGAAGCCGCCGGAGAACGAGACCUUUUACGAGGUAGACAACUACAUGAACGCCGGGUUCUUCGUCAUCUCCCCAUCCAAGGAGAUGUUCGAUUUCUAUCUCUCGCUCCUUGAAAACCCUGUCCCCUUUGACUUGAAUUACCCGGAGCAGAAUCUGUUGAACUUUGCACAUCGAACCGAUGGGCAGAUGCCGUGGCAGGUCCUCAAUACCACUUGGAACGAUAUUACGCAGCUCAACCCUUCGUAUGAUCGGAACGCUCGAUCACUUCAUCACAAAUGGUGGGUUGAGUUACCCGAUAAACCCAUUCAGGAUUUUAUCAAGGGUGCUAUGGAAAGGAUGGAUGAAACAGAGGCGGAUUUUGCAUUUUGA